CAAAACUGUAUCCUCGGCGCCUCCCCCUAGUUUCUCUGCUCGUUUUGCGCGUUCUUCUCAGUCUGUGUCUCAGACUACCUACCCUGACAUCUGCCUCUCUCCACCUGCCGACGUUGCGCUCGCGGACGCCCUUUGCCGAGCAAUACCGAUCAUCCCAACUCUCUGUCGGAUAUUUCCGCCGAUCCGUCCUAGCCUCGCCGUCGUCUUUCUGCCUUAAAAAAAAAACCCAGUGUGUCCGUUUGGCGCGUUGCACACCGAUGCUGAUAACCUCGUCGAACCGCCGGAUUUCUUCCUCUUGAGCAUGAGAGGGACUGCUAACUCAUCUGCAAUCGAGUAUCAAAGCGCGAGCCACCAGCAUGAGCCGUGGAUACGUAUGCUCCCGCAGAAGUUUGCCACGAAUGCGUUAAAACAUCUCGGACCGCAGAUUCUGACUACAGGAGAGAAUCAGUUUUAGGAGUCCCCGGUGUUUGGUCCCAGUAGCUGAGUUGUGAAAGGGCUAGUGGAUGCAGCUGCUCAGCCUGGCCCUCCAAUGCCCACGGAGAUGGAUGCUUUGGCGGAGGAGAAAUCGCACCACUGCUGACCACGGUCCCGCAUACGGCCUCGGUCCAAUAUCAAGCAGGAGAGAGAGGCUCCCACUGCAGUGGACCUUAAGACAAGACCUUAAGCAGGUCUCCAUAGAAUGGAGCGAGAAUGAACAGAGAGCGGCUUAAGGAAAAGCAUGAACUGGAGGGUCAUUGAGGUCACUUGCUUCCUGUUUAUAUGGGACCAUAUAACAGUUCAGUCUUCCCGCCAGGACGCGUCGGCCAGCGAACAGCAUGUCACCAAGCAGUUUGAUUGGCUCAUCUCCGACAGAGGCCCUUUCCACCACUCGAAGGGAUACCUCUCCUUCGUGGAAAGAUUUCGCCAAGGAUUCACGACCCGAUAUAAAAUUUAUAGGGAGUUUGCACGUUGGAAGGUGAGGAACACCGCCAUCGAGAGGCGGGACCUGAUCCGGAAUCCCGUGCCCCUCAUGCCGGAGUUCCAAAGGAGCAUGCGUCUUCUGGGUCGACGGCCCUCCACCCAGCAGUUCAUCGACACCAUCAUCAAGAAGUAUGGCACGCACAUCCUCAUCUCAGCCACGCUGGGAGGCGAGGAGGCGCUCACCAUGUACAUGGCCAAAAACAAGCUGGACCGGAAGAUGGGGAAUGCCACCCAGGGUGUGGAGGCCCUGCACCAGCUGGCCUCCUCCUACUUCAUCGACCGUGACGGCACCAUGCGUAAGCUCCAUGAGAUUCAAAUCUCCACCAAUGCCAUCAAGGUAACGGAGACACGUACAGGUCCGCUUGGCUGCAGCACAUACGACAACCUGGACUCUGUGAGCUCCGUGCUCCUGCAAAGCCCAGAGAGCAAGCUCCACCUGCAAGGUCUCCAGGUGAUUUUCCCUGAGUACCUGCAGGAGAAGUUUGUGCAGUCUGCUCUCAGCUACAUCAUGUGCAACGGGGAGGGCGAGUACAUCUGCCGCAAAAACCAGUGUAUCUGCCAGUGUGCCGAGGAGUUCCCACAAUGCAACUGCCCCACCACUGACCUGCAGAUCAUGGAGAGCACUCUCCGGGGAAUGGCUGACACUUGGGCUGCCUCCUACAAGGACUUUGAGAACUCUGACGAGUUCAAGGUCGUUCUUGAAGCGUGCCCCCCCGCACACUUCCUGCCGGUGAGCAGCGUGCACCUGCUCUGGGGCAGUGACUGGGACCUUCAGGCCCGCUACCGCCUGCUCCAGAGCUCCCUGGAGGCCCAGCGGUUCAAGAUCCAGCGCACGGCCCGCAAGCUCUUCAGCCUGAGUGUCCGCUGCCACCACAAACCCCAACCAAUCAGAUGCCUAGAGAGAGGUGGGUUCUCAGCCCCGGCAAUCCCUUCAAAGGGCAACGGAUUGGAGGGUUCGAGAUCUGUGCUACAGUGGCUUAACCGGGUGCAGUCGUUCCUCUACUGCAACGAGAACGGCUUCUGGGGCACCUUCCUAGAGAGCCAGCGCACAUGUGUGUGCCACACGGGCGUGACGCUGUGCCAGCGCCCCAUCCCCUGCGUGAUCGGCGGCAACAACAGCUGCGCUAUGUGCAGCCUGGCCAACAUCUCGCAGUGCGGCUCGUGUAACAAGGGCUACAAGCUGUACCGCGGGCGCUGUGAGCCGCAGAACGUGGACUCGGAGCGCAGCGAGCAGUUCAUCAGCUUCGAGACGGACCUGGACUUCCAGGACCUUGAGCUCAAGUACCUGCUGCAGAAGAUGGACUCACGCCUGUACAUCCACACCACAUUCAUCAGCAACGAGGUGCGCCUGGAGACGUUCUUUGACCCGCGCUGGCGCAAGCGCAUGUCGCUGACGUUGAAGAGCAACAAGAACCGCAUGGACUACCUGCACAUGAUGGUGGGCCUGUCCAUGAAGAUCUGUCAGAUGCGCAACAGCAGCGUGGACCCCAUGUUCUUCGUCUAUGUCAACCCAUUCAGCGGCAGCCACUCAGAGGGCUGGAGCAUGCCCUUCGGGGAGCACGGCUACCCACGCUGGGAGAAGGUGCGCCUGCAGAGCUCGCAGUGCUUCAACUGGACUCUGCUGCUGGGGAACCGCUGGAAGACCUUCUUCGAGACGGUGCACAUCUACCUGCGCAGCCGAGCCAAGGUGCCCACCAUCCUGCGCAACGACACCGGCCAGGGCCCCGUGGACCUGUCUGACCCCAACAAGCGGCAGAUCUACAUCAAGAUCUCCGACAUCCAGGUGUACGGCUACAGCCUGCGCUUCAAUGCCGACCUACUGCGCAGUGCUGUGCAGCAGGUCAACCAGUCCUACACGCAGGGGACCCAGUUCUACUCGUCCUCGUCCAUCAUGUUACUGCUGCUGGACAUAAGGGAGAGGAUUAACCGCCUGGCCCCUCCGGUGGCCCCUGGGAAACCCCAGCUGGACCUCUUCUCCUGCAUGCUAAAGCACCGGCUGAAGCUCACCAACAGCGAGAUGAUCCGUGUCAACCAUGCCCUGGACAUGUACAACACAGAAAUCUUGAAACAGUCAGACCAUCUAACUACCAAACUUUGCUGAAAUUUAAAGUGAGAGAAAACGCAAAUCUACUACUGAAUAGACCAUCACAGAACAAAACGAGACAAAACAGUUCCUUUUUAUUUUCCCUUGGUUUUUUUUUUGGUUUUUUUCAUUUGGGACCUUUUUGUUCUGCUUUUUGAUGUACUAUUAACAACUUUGUAAGUGUAAUUGUUAAAUACGAAACUAAAAUACAGAAAUUAAGCCUUUUAGCUCACUAAAAGAUUAAUGAAAAAAAGAACAUGACUGUAUCAUAUGUGUCCAAGCAUGUCUGUCACUUCUUAAUGGAGCAUUAAGAGAAAAAAAAAAAAAAAGAAUUCUGGUGACAACGAGGCCUUGAUAUUACUCAGAGGGGGAAAAGGUACAUUUGAAACUGCCAUUCUUUACUGGGUAACAUUUUUAAUGAUGUAACAAAGCAGACCAGAGAUUCAUCUUUUACUUUGAAAACUUGUAAAGCAAGAUGUGUCAUAACAUGCAAAGAACGCAUUUCACUGGCUUCACGCUUCUAUGAUUUUAAAAACAAAAAGAUUCCACUAGCUGUACAGUGUUUCUUCAUUCUCCUCGUAGACAUCCCUCUGAGUGUGACUCCAGUACAGGCAUGUGACAAAGCAGCGCAGAGUGGCUUUCCUCUAAAACACACUCAGUUGUUUAUAGCUCUAGUUUUGUUGAUGCCUAACGCUAAUCGCCGUUUUGCUAGCUGGACGUGUCUUUUGAGAGUGAAGGACUCUAACCUAAGCUGAAACCUGUGUGUCGGGCUACCUCCAGUGUGUUUUGAAGUUCCAUUCCUGUUCUUGAGUAAGCUGCAGUCCCUGAGCACAGUGUCUGCGGUCUGAAGAGCAACACCGAUGCUCCAUCGUACAGCUUCGCAAAGUGUGUACUGCCUCCAGUUACUGGUGUGUCACUGUUGUGUUAAGGUUUAUUUUUGUUUGUUUUCUUCUUCUACUUUUUCCAUUGUCAAAAACAGAUUUUGCUGAACAUUUUGGGUGUCAUACUCGCGAGACAUAAAGCCAUACAUUUCCUAGAGGGAUGUCAGAAUAAAGGAGAGGCUUGUAUGCAUUUAUUUUGUGAAAAAUGUCCUAUAUGUUUUGUACAUUUCUUUUCAGAGCACAGUGGUCCGAGGGAACGUUUUCAGUGGUGGACAGGGGCAUGGCAAUGAAACAUCUCUCCAUUUCCAUAAAUGACAGAAAAAGUAAAAGCUUUGAAUAACUGUUAUGAACAUUGA